AUAGAAUAGUGGUUACGGAUUUUUAGGACGGUCAACAAAGGACCUGUAGGAAAUCCGGUCAUUUGCUUCUCCCUUACACCAACCAUGUAGCUUUUAGCUCAUCCUGGCACCACAUGCUCAAUCAGUUCGCAGGGUAUACUUCCUGUUCACCCACAGCUUGUCGAGACGGUUCUUGAAUGUGUUCAAGUUCGGUGCCGCGACGACGUCUGCAGGGAGACUGUUCCAGCUGUCCACUAUGCGAUGACAGAAAGAGGUCUGGCGAAGAUGGGAGUUCACUCGUCUCUUCUUCAGUUUCAGAUGGUGACCACGCGUUCGAUCUGAGGUGUCGAGCUGCAGAAGGUCGGCUACUUUCACUCUCAGGCAUCCUGUCAGAAUCUGAUUUAUUCCCAUUCGUCUCUGCCGGAUGUUAAGAUAGUGGGUAUUAUGUCUCAGCCAUUGGCAUUUCCUUGCCAUUGAAGUACUGAGGCACAAGCGCAUUGCGUGGAAGCUGCUUACCAGUACAACUCCGCAUCAUUUGCCAUGGAUACAAACGGAAACGACAACGCCUCUGGCGGCGGCAGCAGCCUGGGCGGCGGCGUGGACCUGGCCAAGUCGCCCGGCCCCGGCGCGGGAGUCGAGCUGGGCAGACGCGGCCUGCCCAAACUGCGCGAGAUCAUCAUCAGGAACCGGGAGGACUCGGAGUGCGGUCCGUCCGACGACAUACCGGAGCUGGACUUUGUGUACGCCGACGCCGACAGCCUGGAGCGGGAGGUCAGCGAGCUCUACAGCUUCACCGAGCUGCCAGAGUUCGCCCUCAACCAGCAGCACUACAGUGACGCGGUGUCGGAGCUGGGCCUGGACGUACGGUGGCCGGACAUGUCGGAGGCGCAGCGCACCGCCGUCCUACUCAGCCUGGUCGACAAGGUGGAGCUGGCGCGGCGUGACGACAGACUCAGAGCCAGCCGGGCGAUCCUGUACAUCAGCCAGGGCUGCUGGGGCGACCUGCACACGCCUGAAGAGGUACAGAGCUGGGCGCGACGCAACGCGCUCCUACUGUACAAGUGCGGCGUGCUACCCGUGCUCAUCGACAUACUCAACCUAGAGAUCGAGAGCGGCACGGCGCCCGUGACGGCCGUCCGUAAGCUGGCCGUCUCGGUGGCCGACUCCAGUGACCUGCGCGUGCUGCUCAGCGUGCUGUACCUGAUGGUGGAGCAGAUGCGGCACGUGCGCGACUCGGACCCGCCGGAGGAGGUCCGGCUGCGGGACGCCUUCACACAGGAGCUGGGUCAGCCGCAGGACACGGGCGAGCUGCUGGCCGUCAGUCUGCUGGGCAUGGUGUCACGCUUCUGCAGCGGUGCCGCGCCCCACUUCCCCAUGAAGAAGGUGCUGCUGCUCACCUGGAAGGUGCUGCUGCUGACACUGGGCGGCUCGGACCAGCUGCGCCGGCUGCGGACGGCCGCACGCGCCGCCGCCGGCCUCCCAGACGUUCCCGAGGACACUGUCGAGCGGACGCGCACCAUGAGGGCGUCCAGCCCGCCGCCGGCUCCCGUCGAACAGCUGGUGGACGCCGUGUUCGGCCCGCAGCGGCCCCGCUUCACACGGUCGAAGGUGGUUAACGGUGAUGCCAUGGACGCGAUGAACGACUCGACCGACGUCGCCGAGGAGGGCGGCAAGUCGACGGAGACGGGAUCCGGCCAGCCGGGCCAGCCGGACCGCAGCCCGCCGCGCUGUGACUCACCGCGGCCCGAGACGCCCGUCCAUCACGGGAGAGCUCUGCCCUGGAAGCCGAAGGUACACCGACGCGACAUCGAGGAGUACCUGACCGUCAGCCGGAAAAAGUUUGUCGGCUUCCGGCUGGAGGACGACCUGGAGUCGAUGGCCGGCCUGCCGCAGCCCAUCCUCGAGGGACGCUACAUCCUCGACAAGCACCUGUACCGAUCGCUGGCCGAGGUGCAGGUGGAGCGGGAGGAGGAGAUCAGUGCCAGUCCGUUCAGCCGACCCGAACAGGAGGUCCCGCAGACGCCCGCCGAACUGCUCUUCGCCGGGAUGCUACCGAAUCUGCCGCAGUACAUGAUCGCGCUGCUGAAGGUCCUGCUGGCCGCCGCGCCCACCUCCAAGACCAAGUCGGACUCGAUCAACAUCCUGGCCGAUACGCUGCCGGAGGAGAUGCCGGUGUCUGUGCUGCACUCGAUGAAGCUGGGGAUCGACGUGAACCGUCAGAAGGAGGUGAUCGCCAAGGCGGUGUCGGCCGUGCUGCUGCUGCUGCUGAAGCACCUGAAGCUGAACCACGUCUACCAGUUUGAGUUCGUGAGUCAGCACCUGGUGUUCGCUAACUGCAUACCGCUGGUGCUGAAAUUCUUCAACCAGGACACCGUCCAGUACGUCACCGCCAAAAACAGUAUCUCGGCUCUGGACUUUCCGCGCUGCGUGCUGGGGCCGCAGGUGGACCUCACCUCUGAGACGCUGCAGCUGGGCGACGAGCAGCCCUACUGCUGGAGAAACGUCUUCACCUCCAUCAACCUGCUGCGCAUCCUCAACAAACUCUGCAAGUGGAAACACUCGCGCAUCAUGAUGCUGGUGGUGUUCAAGUCGGCCCCCAUCCUGAAGCGUUCGCUGAGAGUGAAGCACGCCAUGAUGCAGGUGUACACUCUGAAGCUGCUCAAGAUGCAGACCAAGUACCUGGGCCGGCAGUGGCGCAAGUCCAACAUGCGCACAGUGAGCGCCAUCUACUCGAAGGUGCGCCACAGGCUGGUGGACGACUGGGCCUUCGGAAACGACCUGAAAUCGCCCGGAUUCUAUGCGUAUUGCAAGGAGGUGGACGCGCGUCCCUGGGACUACGAGGCCGAGGAGCGGGCGCUGCGCUCCAAGGUGGAUCACUUCAUCGCCCGCCGGUACAGCCCCGAGAGCCUGGAGGAGCUGGAACCGGUGGACGUCUCGCUCAGCUCGGUGCUGGCCACGCCGCUCGAGCUGACCCCCGCCUUUAAGGCCAACUACCGGCGCUGGCUGGAGCGAGAGGUGUUUCAGCAGUCCACCGACUGGGACAAACUGAUCGAGCCCGGAUACAUGGGCUGAGAGCACCGACCGGACUGUUCAGUCAGAGCUAAACCGGCGCUGAAACGGUCAGAAGACCGGCUGACGACUGAGUCGAGUUACAGACGAUUGUAGCAUCGCAUUUGAUGCAACGAAAUCUUAUCGAGAUAUGGUGGUAUACAGCUUUGUCUUGUUGUCUGAUCCAGUUCGAUUUUACGUGUUCGAGGAACGAUUGACCCUGAUAACGGAGUGGCUCGCUUCAGUCGCCUGUGUCGCCCGAGUUGUUAACGUGAUGGCGACUAUCUACAAGGGGAACAGCGUAUAUGUAUCUUCUGAGCUGGCUCCUUCAAUUUGUGUUAAACAGAUAUGUGAUUAUGGGAGUGUGUACUGCCGAGGAUCGGCGGAAAUUUUACCGGAUCAAACUGAGUGCCGAACGCAACACUGUGGUAACGUUCUCUUUUGUGCAAUCGGAUUGCAGUCAAACAAAUGAAUAACUUCCGCGUCGACGACAACAAAUUAGCAGCGGUCUUAGUUUUAGCGUGUGUUGGUUGCGUUUGCCCGACUCGGCCGCGACGUGUGUGCUUUUCGAUAACUCUCCGAGCUUACCCGCGUGACAGUUGUCAGCAGCUGCUCGACUCUGAGUCGGCAGCGGCUGGAGUUUUACAGCCCGCACGGCCGGCGGGCCGCGCCGUGCGGAGCAGUCGCCCGGUGUCACCGGUCGCGCCGCCGUCCCGGGGGCGAGCGGCGCCCGUGCCUUAACGCCGGCCCGUCGGUACCUCUAGUCAGCAGGGGCGCCCGCCGCCGAGCACCCCUAGAUUUUGUAACGUUUCGGUACUUUGAAUACACGAAUACAAUAUCUUCA